CAUAGUAACGAAAAUGACAGAGUUGCACCAAGCAGCUGCAGCGGGGGAUUUUGAUCAAGUUGAGGAGAUUCUGAGGCAAAAUGAAUGUAAUCCCAAUCAGAGAGAUAUCGACUGGAGCUACAAGACACCUCUUCACUGGGCAGCAGCUAAAGGGCACACAGAAACGGUCAGGAUCCUUAUUGAGCAUGGAGCCAGGCCGUGUCUGAGAACAGAGCAUGGAUGGACUCCUGCCCACAGUGCUGCAGAGUCUGGCCGGCUGGCUGUGCUGCGGCUGCUGCACUCCCUCCAUGCACCUAUAGACAAGGAGGACUGCUGUGGAGACAAACCAGUGCGGAUAGCCGAAAUAUAUGGACACCAUGACUGUGUUCGAUUCCUAAAAAAAGCAGAAAUUGAGUGCCAGGCCUACCGCAAGAUGGCAGCCCAGAAAGGGAUUUCAAUGGAUGAUACAGACGAGGAAUGGGCAGAACAAGGCAAGGAAAAUGAAGAAAACAGGAUCUCUAGCAACAUUCAGACGUAGGCUUAACUCCCCUUUAUACAACAAAGUAUGUACAAGAGUUGUACAUAGUGUUUCAGUGCUUUAGCACUCAAAAACGUAUCUAAUAAACAAACAUUCCAUUGUU